AGCCCGAAUUCAAACAAGUAAUAUAUUACUAGUAAUGGCAAAAAAAAGCACUUGAACGAGGCAGACGGCACAAUGCAAUGCACGUUUCUUUGUCAGCGUUUCGUCCAUCCCGCUCGCCAAGAAUGGCGAAAAACAGAGAGAAUGAAUGACACAGCGGCAUACACGCAAAACGAACGUAGGCCCGAAAGGAAUGCCAACACCGCUGCACCAACCAGUGACAUUUGCGCUGUUUGCUAUGCCGCUUUCUUCCUUGGUGCUUUGGCUCUUAAUCGGGCCAUGUGGUUUGCCACUGCGGCACCGCGUAGGGCCUCACAACUCUCGUCUCCUCCCUCUCGCUUUGCCCGAGGGCAGCCGCUGCAGCCGCAACGGUCAGCGGCGGAGAGGCAACAAACCGAGGAGGAUUCAUCUUUUUUUUUUUUUUUCUCUAGGACAGACUCAUGAAGAGGCUGCAAUGGCUGGGUGAGCAGCUGAAGCGCGGAUAGCAAAGGCUCUCUUCUUCGCGUCAGGUGAG